AUGCUAAUCGGCGAUGUGUUCUACGCUAAUAUCCUCUGGAAGUCGGUGAACUCGCAGAACUCGAUCGAUCGGCUUGUGAAGCCAUUCAAAUGCCCAGGGACUGCAACACCGACGCGAGCCUCCGAGAAGCCAUCGAGAAAGAGACGAAAGGUUAACUACGCCAACGCCGAUGGAAGCGUGGAAGAUGGAGAGGAAAAGCCAUAUACAAACGAGGACAGGCUCGCCAUAGAAACUCGAGAAGCCAACAAAUUUCCCGUGUUUAAGCCGAGAGACAAAGACGUGGCUUUCAGGUCACGGUUCCAGAUUCCUUUCAUCAACAAGGCUACAGAUGGCUACAAUUCUGGCCGGCUCGCUCCGACACUGGGCAUGCGACGAGGCGCAACAUUCGUUGUCAAGCCGUUACACGACCCAAGUGGGGAGUUUGCAAUUGUUUUGUAUGACCCGACGGUAGAUGAUGUGGCGGAGGAGCCUGCGCCCAAAAGUCUGGAGGCGCCGCCGGGAGACAUGCCAGUCGUGGAUGAGCCGAUUAUGCAUAAGAGUCUAGCCGAUAUUUUGGGGCUCAAGAAGAAUGUGGAGGAACGGCCGAAGGUGCCCGUUGUGAUUGAUCCGAGACUAUGCAAAGUGCUUCGACCACAUCAGGUCGAGGGUGUAAAGUUUCUUUACCGUUGCGUUACAGGCUUGGUUGACAAAAAUGCAAAUGGAUGCAUUAUGGCAGAUGGCAUGGGACUUGGUAAAACGCUUCAAUGUAUUGCUUUGAUGUGGACACUCCUCAAGCAGUCCUCCGAGGCUGGGAAAACUACUAUUCAGAAAUGCGUGAUUGCGUGUCCCUCAAGUUUGGUUGGCAAUUGGGCUAACGAACUGACAAAAUGGCUUGGAAAGGAUGCUACAACACCCUUUGCGAUCGAUGGAAAAGCCACAAAAGCAGAGCUUAUAACCCAACUCAAGCAGUGGGCUAUUGCAUCAGGACGUGGAAUUGUCCGGCCUGUUCUUAUUGUGUCCUAUGAAACACUCCGUAUGUAUGCGGAUACAUUGGCUGAUACACCGAUUGGACUUCUUCUAUGUGACGAAGGCCAUCGACUCAAAAACAAGGAGAGUUUGACUUGGAACGCCUUGAACCAACUCAACGUUACUCGCCGAGUCAUUCUUUCUGGAACACCUAUUCAAAACGAUCUAUCUGAAUACUUCGCUCUUCUACACUUCGCCAACCCAAACCUUCUAGGCUCUCAAGCCGAGUUCCGAAAGAGAUUUGAAUUGCCGAUCCUGCGAGGUCGAGAUGCCGCAGGCACCGACGAAGAGAAGAAGCUAGGUGAUGAACGAUUGCAGGAGCUGUCUGCGAUUGUCAACAAGUUCAUCAUCCGCCGAACUAAUGAGCUUCUCUCGAAAUACUUGCCAAUCAAGUACGAGCAUGUCGUUUUCUGCAACAUGUCACAGUUCCAGCGAGACAUCUACAAUCACUUUAUCAAGAGCCCGGAGAUUCAAAGCCUUCUCCGCGGAAAAGGCAGCCAGCCACUGAAAGCAAUUGGUAUCCUGAAAAAACUCUGCAAUCAUCCGGACCUGCUCGAUCUAACAAACGACCUCCCGGGAUGUGAGCAUACCUUCCCGGAGGACUAUUCGCCUCCCGAUACCCGGGGCCGCGAUCGGGAUAUCAAGAGCUGGUACUCCGGCAAAAUGAUGGUCCUCGAUCGCAUGCUCGCCCGAAUCCGACAAGACACCAAUGACAAGAUCGUUCUAAUCAGCAACUACACUCAAACCCUAGACCUAUUCGAAAGACUCUGCCGGUCACGCGCAUACGGCUGCCUCCGCCUCGACGGAACAAUGAACAUCAAGAAGCGAACCAAGCUAGUCGACAAAUUCAACGACCCAGACGGCCCCGAAUUCGUCUUCCUGCUGAGCAGCAAAGCCGGCGGCUGCGGCCUGAACCUCAUCGGCGCCAACCGUCUCGUCCUCUUCGAUCCAGACUGGAACCCAGCUGCCGACCAGCAAGCGCUCGCACGAGUCUGGCGCGACGGCCAGAAGAAAGACUGCUUCGUCUACAGGUUCAUCGCGACCGGCUCAAUCGAAGAGAAGAUCUUCCAGCGCCAGUCGCACAAACAGUCUCUUUCGUCUUGUGUCGUUGAUGCUGCUGAAGAUGUCGAGCGGCAUUUCUCCCUUGAUUCACUCAGGGAGCUCUUCCAGUUCAAACCGGAUACUUCGAGCGAUACGCAUGACACUUUUAAGUGUAAGCGCUGUCGUCCGGACGGUACGCAGUACAUUAAGGCCCCGGCUAUGUUGUACGGCGAUACUAGUUCUUGGAAUCAUUUCGUUAACACCGGAGAGAAGGGUCCGCUGAAUCAGAUUCAGGAUUUGCUUUUGCGACAGGAGACGGGGGAACGGGAUGUUUCUGCUGUUUUCCAGUAUAUCAGUCAUUGA